ACUCACCUCGGUUUAAGGGAUGCGUCGAUUCCCUAAAUUCCCAAUCUUGCGGUCUAUGUAGCAGGAUGCGGAUUGAAUGCCUUGCCUGCUCGAUGACGAUUUCCAGUGAGGUCAGGAGAUCGGCUAGAGCCCGGGAGUGUUUGCGUGAGGCUCAAAGGAUGGCUGAGCCUGGGCGUGCAUGGAUCGGUAUGUCUGAUGCUUCCAAACCUCGUCGGACACCGUGAUCGUACUUCUUUGUCUCCGUAUGUAGCACAUCUUCCAAAGUCUCGCCGGCUUCUUU